AUGUAUUCCAAGCUCGCCCCAGUCCUCGGCUCCUUGGCCAUCGCUUCGCUCGUUGCGGCAGUCCCUGUUGACAUCGAGAAGCGUGGCGACGUCUGGUUCAAGGGUACCGGCGACGGACGCCGACCUCAUCUCGAGAACUACCAGGGCGGCCAACCUUCUGCUUCCUACUCUGGCGGUGCCAACGGCUACUAUACCGCAUCAGCGACCAGCGGCAGUGGCUCGUACUCCACCUCCGCCCCUCCGGCGUCCACUGCCUCCGGCUCCAGCGACGGCAGCAGCAACCCGUUCAGCUUCCCGCUGUCCAACGGCUUCCCCAACAUUCAGAACCCGUCGUCCCAGCUCACUGCCAUUGAGGCCCAGGCCCACGGUCUCCUGCCCAAUGGCCCCCCGCCCCCAAGCGCCCCUGCCGCUGACGAUCUCACGUCGCUGAGACUCAUUGCCUUCAACGAGCUGUGGGAGGUGGCCUUCUUCACCGAGCUCCUGUACAACGUGACCCACAACGUUGCAGGAUACCAGUUCCAGGACGAAUCCCAGCGACAGGCUGUCAUUGACGCCAUCACGGCCGUCCAAGCUCAGGAGGAGCUGCACGCGUUGAACGCCAACGGCGCUCUCGCCCACUUCAACGCCGGCCCCAUCCAACCCUGCAAAUACAUCGCCCCCGUCUCCGACUUCAAGAGCGCCAUCACCUUGGCCCAGACCUUCACUGACGUGGUUCUCGGAACCCUCGGUGACGUCCAGACGCAUUUCGGCCAGAACGGCGACAGUGGUCUCAUCCGUGGUGUCGCUGCCGUCAUCGGUCAGGAGGGUGAGCAGAACGGCUUCUACCGCAGCCUCCUCAACAAGAUCCCCUCGGCCAACCCCUUCUUGACUGCCUCGACCCGUGAGUUCGCCUUCUCGGCCUUGAACCAGGACUUCGUCGUCCCCGGCUCGUGCCCCAACAGCAACACCAUCAACCUCCCCAUCUUCGGUGCCCUGAACGUCUUGACCCAGAACAUCCAACCCCAGGACCAGCAACUCCAAUUCUCCUUCUCUGCCACCGGCUCUUACUCCCAGUACGCCAACAACUACCAGGGUCUGAGCCUGGUCUACAUCAGCCAGCAGAACGUGCCUGUCGUCGAGCCCAUCACCCAGGCCUCGGUCAGCGGCAGCACCGUCACCUUCUCUGCCAACUUCCCCUUCACCGCGAACGACAUGUUCGGCCUGACCAUCGCCGCCGUGGUUGAGGGAUCUGGCCCGUUCGCCUCCGUCGCUGACGUCGCCGCCGCGACCAAGUUCGGCCCUGGACUGAUUGAGGUCAACUAA